AUCAGUACAGCUCAUUUGCAAAUAAACCAGUGUUUCAUGAGCUACAGCAGCAGGAAGACACCGUAAGUCUACUGUUUGCUUCAGAGUGGAACAUUGUUGGAUGUUAACUUCAGGCUCAGAGGAAGCAUCCUUGUGUCGUAUGCUCACUGAGGUUGUUGGCUGUUGUUUAGCAGGUCACUCAGAGUUGUGGAGUUAUACAGAGCAGGUCGUCCUGUUUAGAUUUUUAUCACUCAACAUGAGUAAGUUUCACAGUGAGCUGACUCAGAGGGAGCAGGACUUGCUAAAGAUCCGUCGCGACAGCGACACUAAGGCUGCCGAACUUGUCAAGAUGGAGAAGAUGCUGGAGCAGACAAAGAACCUGUUUGACAAGAAGACAGAGUCUGGUUCAGAUAGCAUGGGCUACCAGGAGAACAUGGUGGAAGACCUGGAGGAAAAAGUGCGCUCCAGCAGACGACACAGGAGAAACUCCCUCCAUCACACACAGAUGCUGGAGAGCCAGAUGAAAACAGUGAAAGGCGAGCUGGUGGGCACACUGGACCAUCUUCAGGAACUGAGGAACGUCUUGCGUCGUUCACAGCAGAAAGCAGAAGAGCGCAAAGCUGCGAUGGAGAAGCUGGCAGCAGGGCUCAGGUAAAGCUUUAAUACACCAACUGAAUGUCUGACCUGAGGUUCUUGACCCUGCCAACCAAACUGCAGAGUUUACAGAAAACAAGACCGCACCCAUAUGCUGGUAAAAAAAAGAAAGAGACUUGAGCCGCUGCAUUGGUCUUCUCUCUGUUCUCCUCCAUCACUGCAGUAAGGCCAUUGUAUUGCAUCCAAAGACUGAACUGAAAAGACUAUAUCCGUGGUAUUUCACAACCUGCCUUUAACAAUCGUCUAAAGUAACUUUUUCUUCCUCUUAUUGCCCAUUUUUGUCCCACUCUUAUUAUUCUCAUAUUUUGAAGGCUUUGUGUUGACAUGCUUUGAAUUUGUAUGUUGUUGCCCAGAACUUGGGCUUCUCUAUGUCUUCUAGAAACAAUCUGAGCGAUGAUUCUAAAUCCUGCUGCUUAUCCCAUAAGGGAACCAUCCGUUUUAAAACUACUCUGCAGCCCUGGAGAUCACCUCAAUGUUAUUCAUGAACCCAAUUGUAUUGAAUUUAUUCCUGCCCAUAAUAUCAUGUAUAUGGUGUUUUCUAAUGUAAAUCUUAAUCUUAUGAUGUUAUUACAUUCUUAGACACUGAUCAGUCUCAUGUUGUAUGCAUUGUUUCUUGGACAAUCUAUAUUUGUAUGCAAAUCUACAAUAUAACAACAGCACAGAGAUAAUUUUUGCUUUAAUAUCUUUGUAGGACUGGCAUAUACCAAUUUGUCUUUUAAAUGAACUGUUUGAUAAUGUAUUGUCAGAAGUGCAAAAAUAAAUCAUCCUGAGAUGUAAACAUUACAUUUUGUAUUACAGACAGAUCUGAAGAGUUUUAAACAGAGAAAAACACAGUGGCCUAGUUUUUUUCCCUCU